AUGCGGCUGCUCCUGCUCGUGCCCCUGCUGCUGGCCCCGGCGCCCAGGUCCUGGGCUCCCAAGGUGAGACGGCAGAGUGACACCUGGGGACCCUGGGGUCCCUGGAGCUCCUGCAGCCGGACCUGCGGAGUGGGCAUCAGCGUCAGGGAGCGCCCCUGCUUCUCCCAGAGGAGAGAUGGGGGCUCCAGCUGCGUGGGCCCUGCCCAGAGCCACCGCUCUUGCCACACCGAGAGCUGCCCGGCGGGUGCCAGGGACUUCCGGGCGGAGCAGUGCUCCCAGUUCGACAGCCAGGACUUCCAGGGAAGGUGGUACAAGUGGCUGCCGUACUACGGAGCCCCGAACAAGUGCGAGCUGAACUGCAUUCCCAAGGGGGAGAACUUCUACUUCAAGCACAGGGAGGCUGUCGUGGAUGGGACACCCUGUGAGCCUGGCACACGGGACGUCUGUGUGGAUGGCAGCUGCAGGGUCGUGGGCUGUGACUACAACCUCGACUCCUCAAAGGAGGAGGACAAGUGUCUGCAGUGUGGGGGUGACGGCAGGACCUGCUACCCUGUCACAGGCACCUUUGAUGCCAAUGACCUCAGCAGAGCGGUGAAGAGCCUGCGGGGAGAAUACUUCCUCAACGGGCACUGGACCAUCGGGGACGCCUGGGCCCUGCCCGCGGCCAGCACCGUCCUGCACUACGAGCGCGGGGCCGAGGGGGACCUGGCUCCUGAGCGGCUCCACGCUCGCGGCCCCACCUCCGAGCCCCUGGUCAUUGAGCUCCUCAGCCAGGAUCCCAACCCCGGUGUGCGCUACGAGUACCACCUGCCCCUGGGCAGCUCCCGGUCGGGCUUCCGCUGGAGCCACGGCUCAUGGAGUGACUGCACUGCCGAGUGCGGGGGAGGUCACCAGUCCCGCUCGGUGUUCUGCACCACUGACAAUGAGGUCUACCCUGACCACAUGUGCCAGCAUCAGCUGCAGCCAGCCGACCGCCGCCCCUGCAGCACUCACCCCUGCCCGCAGACCAAGCGCUGGAAGACGGGGCCCUGGUCGCCCUGCUCGGCCUCCUGUGGCGGCGGCUCCCAGUCCCGCUCUGUCUACUGCGUCUCAUCUGAUGGGGCAGGCAGCCAGGAGGCCACCGGGGAGGCAGCGUGUGCAGGCCAGCCUGGGAAGCCCCCUGCCACCCGGGCUUGCAACCUGCGGCGCUGCGUAGCCUGGAGAGCGGAGCCCUGGGGAGAGUGCUCUGUCAGCUGCGGUGCCGGGGUCCGGAGGCGAAGCGUCACCUGCCGCAGCGAUGAGGGGUCUCUGCUCGACGCCGCAGCAUGCCCCGUGGAGGACCGCCCCCGCAUCACGGAGCCCUGUGUGCGUGAAGACUGUCCCCCCAUCCAUGACCAGGCCUGGCGUGUAGGCGCCUGGGGUCUGUGUUCCAAGAGCUGCAGCACAGGGACCCGGAGACGCCAGGUCAUCUGUGCCCUCGGGCCUCCCAGCCGCUGUGGGAACCUGCAGCUGUCCAAGCCCAGGGAGGCCGAGCCCUGUAACACACAGCCCUGCCAUCUGCGUCCAGAAGUCCCCAGCGUGGAGGACGUGCUCGCUGGCCCCAGGGAUCCCCGGAUGUCUUUGGGCCCUCAGGUGGCCGCCAACCCAGAUUCCAGAGACCAGUGGUGGCUCCCCCAGGAGCAAACCUUAGUGCAGGGUAAUCCCAGCGGAGCCCAGGGCCUCCACCUGCCAGGCAUAGCCCCCUCUCUGCCACAGUCCCUGCACCCGCAGCCACCACGGUCUGGCUUGGCACCCCAAGACUGCAGACACAGCCCCUAUGGGUGCUGUCCUGAUGGCCACACCGCGUCUCUUGGGCCGCAGUGGCAGGGCUGCCCAGGAGCCUCGUGUCAGCAGAGCAGGUACGGGUGCUGCCCUGAUGGGGUGUCUGCGGCUGAGGGGCCCCAGCACGCAGGCUGCGCGGGGUCUUACAGCAGUGACAACACCGGGAGAAGGCCGGGGUCAAGAGCGGUGGCUUCUUCGGCCCCCAAGACCCACCAGCCCCGGGCUCAGCAGAAUGAGCCCAGUGAGUGCCGGGGCUCCCAGUUUGGCUGCUGCUAUGACAACGUGGCCUCUGCUGCUGGUCCUCUUGGGGAAGGCUGCGUGGGCCAGCCCAGCUACGCCUACCCUGUGCGGUGCCUGCUGCCCAGCGCCCACGGCUCCUGUGUGGACUGGGCGGCCCGCUGGUACUUCGUCCCCUCUGUGGGCCGGUGUAACCGGUUCUGGUACGGCGGGUGCCACGGCAACGGCAAUAACUUCGCCUCCGAGGAGGAGUGCAUGAGCCGCUGCCGGGGGCCUCCCGCCGGGGCCCGCGGAGAUGGUGGGGGCAGCGGUCCCGGGGGCCAGCAAGAAGCCAGAUGGCAGAGGACGGGGGCCACGGUCCAGACGAAGCCCUUGCCUUCCGGUGGCGUCUCGUGGCGAGACCGAGAGCCUGGGCCGAGGGAGGAGUCCCACACGCAGGCCUUUGGAGAGCGGCCCUGGCGCGGGGAGCUGGGGGCCAGCGCCCCUGGCCUGGGCGGAGAUGCCGGGCAACCAGCGCCGCCUUCCCGCAGCUCUUCCUACAGGGUCAGCUUGGCCGGCCAGGAGCCAUCCCUGGUACAGGCGGCCCCGGGGCAGUUGGCGCAGCUCGUCUGCCGAAGUGAUGACACCUCCCUGGAGCCCCAUGGCCAGUGGCAGAAAGACGGGCAGCCCGUCUCCUCCGACAGGCACAAGCUGCAGCCGGAUGGCUCCCUGGUCAUCAGUCCCCUGCGGGCAGAGGACGCUGGCAUCUACAGCUGUGGUGGCAGCAGGCCGGGUGGUGACGCUCAGAAGAUCCAGCUUCGUGUCAUAGGGGGUGAUGUGGCUGUGCUGUCUGAGGCUGAGCCAAGGCACUUCCCUCGGACCAGGGACCCAGCUCAGCACCACAGUCCUUGGGACUCCAGCCUAGUGGGGGACAGAGGGGGCCCAGGGGCCAUCUCCUCCUUGCAACCUCGGCCCACGACCAGGCUGCUUCUGGACAGGAACCAGCCCGGGGUGGUGGACGCCCAACCAGGCCAGCGGGCCCGGCUGACCUGCCGUGCUGAGGGCUUCCCGCCCCCCGCCAUUGAGUGGCAGAGAGAUGGGCAGCCCCCCUCUUCCCCCAGACACCAGCUGCAGCCCGAUGGCUCUCUGGUCAUCAGCCACGUGACUGUGGAAGACGGUGGCUUCUAUGCCUGUGUUGCUUUCAACGGGCAGGACCGAGACCAGAGAUGGGUCCAGCUCAGAGUUCUGGGGGAGCUGACCAUCGCAGAGCUGCCCUCCACUAUGAUGGUGCCAGAGGGGGACACGGCCAGGCUGCUGUGUGUGGUGACAGGAGAAAGUGUGAACAUCAGAUGGUCCAGGAAUGGACUGCCGGUGCGGGCCGACGGGCAUCGCGUCUACCAGUCCCCAGAUGGCACCUUGCUGAUCCACAACCUGCAGGCCAGAGACGAGGGCUCGUACACGUGCAGCGCCUACCGUGGAAGCCAGGCAGUGAGCCGCAGCACCGACGUGAGGGUGGUCCCGCCGGCGCUGCCCGGGGCCCUCAGCAGGGAGUGUGCGGACCAGCCCGAGCUCGCCAACUGUGAGCUGAUCCUGAAGGCCCAGCUCUGCGGCAACGAGUAUUACUCCAGCUUCUGCUGCGCCAGCUGCUCCCGCUUCCAGCCUCCCGCUCAGCCUGUCUGGCAGCAGGGAUGAAGGCUGGCCUUGGGCCCGGUCCCGAAGCAGCCCUCGGCCUGUGGCCUCCGGCUGGCAAAGGGAUCUGUCCUUUAGAGAAGGGGCCCUUUCAGGCUGCCGGCCUGGCCAGCACCCACCUGGCGCUCCGCCACCACAGGCAGCUGUCAAGAGGCAUCUGCUUGGAGAAGACCACCCUUUCCGGCCUCCUCCCUCAUUUCUGUUCUGCAGGAUCCGUUCACUGGGUUCUAAAGCAAGUUACCAGGGUUCUCAAUUCAUUGAAAGCUGGGUGGGGAGGUGUGGAAGGGUUUCGAAGGUACCAUAUAUCUCCUGGGCACACUAACUCCUGCCGGGUCAGGCCAUUUCUCUUUGCUAGAACGCCCUCGCACGUAGGGUCCACUGCUCCGGUUGCGCUCACCCUUCUGGGCGGGCAGCUUCAACCCCCCGUGCGGACAGUUAACGGCGCGCUUGUGAGCGCUCCUGCCAAGGUGCAGCAUGGCACAUGCGGUCAGGAUGGGGAUGGGGUGAAGGAGCAGCAGCUGGUGCCGUCAGCAUGGCCGAACUGGGGGAGCAGCGCCUUACUUUCCUUCGGAAAGAUCCCCCUCCGGAGACCGACGCGCAGAGCCUGGCUGUGAGGGUCCCCUCACCCUGCAUCGAGCUGACCCGCUCUGCGCAGUGACCAGCGGGGAGCCUCUCCUCCCCCAGCAGCAAUCUGUGAGGCAGAACCAGACCAUUAAAAACUGGCACUGGCAGGACAGGGGAGAGAAGAAGGGGAAGGCAACGUAUGAACAAUGAAGUGGUUUCAGAAAUGGCUGGAAGUGGCAGAAGUCUCCUCCAUCUCUCAGAACCUCCCGUUCCUCGCUGCUGCUAGAUGAGAGGCCUGGAUUCAGCGAGCUUCCAGGUCCCUUUCCACUUUAACCUUCUACACAUCCUCCAGAGGACUGGCUGGACCUGACAGGUUACUCCGGGACAUAGGAAAGGCAGGCAUUACAGGGAAAGCUGACUUUUAUUACACCACACUGGCUGGAAAAGAGAAACUACAUCAUGGGUGAGUGACAAUUCUUGGUCUACCUCUCCGUCAACACAGGAAACGUGGAUUAGGGGCAGAGGCAUUUUUCUUCUUUCCACUUAAAAAAAAAAACCGGAGGAUCCCCUUUCAUUUACCAUGGCUAGUUUUGCUAUACAAACUGGAAACUAAGGGCUACUUUCUUGGACUCCCCAGUUCUCCCCAACUGGCAACAUCAUUCAGAAGUUAAGUUCGAGGGUAGCUAGCACUUCCUAGAACUAGUCACAGAGUACUAGGCUAAGGUUAUAGCAAAGACUAACACUAACAAGCUGGACCAGUGGCUUUCUUCCAUAUUGGGAGCUUUUUUUUUUUUGGUUAAAAAAAACCAACAAAAAACAACUUG